UGGGAGCUGUCACCGGGCCCUCCGGUUUUUGGCCUCCGCGUAGCUGCCGCGGUUGCCAGGAGAGCGGCGCCGACGGGAGCAGCUGUGCCGGCAGCAGGUAAUGAUUUUACAUGAUUUUGGAUCUGGCUUCUAGUGAGACACUGUGGGAGGAUGAACACAGAAGAGCUGGAGUUAUUGAGUGACUCCAAAUAUAGAAACUAUGUAGCUGCAAUUGACAAAGCACUAAAGAAUUUUGAAUACUCCAGUGAAUGGGCAGAUUUGAUUUCGGCACUUGGAAAACUUAAUAAGGUUUUACAAAAUAAUGCAAAGUACCAGGUAGUACCUAAAAAGCUGACGAUAGGCAAACGCCUCGCUCAGUGUCUGCAUCCGGCACUACCAGGUGGGGUUCAUCGGAAGGCACUUGAAACAUACGAGAUUAUCUUCAAAAUCAUUGGACCUAAGCGACUUGCCAAAGAUCUUUUUUUAUAUAGUUCUGGAUUGUUUCCUCUUCUUGCAAAUGCUGCCAUGUCUGUGAAACCAACAUUGCUAAGUCUGUAUGAGAUUUAUUACCUGCCCUUGGGUAAAACACUGAAGCCUGGUCUGCAGGGGCUGCUGACUGGUAUUCUUCCCGGCUUGGAAGAAGGAUCGGAGUACUAUGAGAGAACAAACACGUUGUUGGAAAAGGUCGCUGCUGCAGUGGACCAGUCAGCAUUCUACAGUGCCCUCUGGGGCAGUCUUCUAACCAGUCCUGCUGUGCGUUUACCUGGAAUUACGUAUGUGCUCGCCCAUUUGAACAGGAAGCUUUCUAUGGAAGAUCAACUCUAUAUAAUUGGCAGUGAUAUUGAACUAAUGGUAGAAGCCGUAAGUACUUCGGUGCAGGAUUCAAGUGUACUGGUACAGAGAAGCACACUGGACCUCAUACUCUUCUGUUUCCCAUUCCACAUGAGUCAGGCCACUCGGCCAGAUAUGAUCAGGAUCUUGUCAGCAGCCCUUCACGUAGUACUGAGGAGGGAUAUGUCCCUGAACCGAAGACUUUAUGCAUGGCUUUUAGGUUUUGAUAACAAUGGCGCUAUCAUAGGACCCAGAAGCACAAGACACAGUAAUCCUGAAGAACACGCCACUUACUAUUUUUCUACCUUUUCAAAAGAAUUGUUGGUCCAGGCAAUGGUGGGGAUCUUACAAGUGAAUGGAUUUGGCGAAGAGAGCACUUUAAUGCAGGAUCUAAAACCUUUUCGUAUUUUAAUCAGUUUACUGGACAAACCUGAGCUAGGACCUGUAAUUCUAGAAGAUGUCCUAAUUGAAGUAUUUAGAACAUUGUAUUCUCAGUGCAAAGCAGAAUUGGAUCUUCAGAUGGAACCACCCUUCAGCAAGGAUCAUGCUCAGUUAAGCAGUAAAUUAAGGGAAAAUAAGAGAACAGCAGAGCUGAUUAAAACUGCCAACCUUCUCUUUAAUUCCUUUGAGCCUUACUAUAUGUGGGAUUAUGUUGCACGUUGGUUUGAAGAAUGUUGCAGGAGAACAAUGCACGCUAGACUUCAGACUGGGCCUGGAGAUAGUGAGUCAUCUGAGUUACAGCUGAGCAAUUUCUGCUUAUUGGUGGAUUUUUUGUUGGAUAUAGUUUCUUUGGAGACUUACAUUGAAAUUCAGACAGAGCACCUGCCCCAGCUGUUGCUCAGGAUGGUUUCUGCCCUGACAAGCCAUCUCCAGACAUUGCGCUUGUCUGAACUCACGGAUUCCGUCAGGCUGUGCUCGAAGAUCCUGAGCAAAGUUCAACCUCCCCUGUUAUCUGCUGGUACCGGAGGCGUUCUGCAGUUUCCCAGUGGGCAGAACAGUUCAGCCAAAGAAUGGGAGGACAAAAAGAUAUCAGCAGUUUCUCUUGACAAUCGUACUGAAGUGUUAGAAGAUGGAGAAAACCCACCAAGUAGUCAAUCAUCAGAGAGUGGAUUCACUGAGUUUAUACAGUAUCAGGCAGACCGAACUGAUGACAUUGACAGAGAACUGAGUGAGGGGCAGGGAGCAGCUGCCAUCCCAAUUGGUAGCACGUCCUCUGAGACAGAAACAGCUUCCACUGUGGGAUCUGAAGAAACCAUCGUCCAGCCCCCUUCUGUAGUCCCUCAGGGGACAGCACCCCGAAGUGUGAAGACCGUCCAGAAGACUGCAAUGCAGUGCUGCUUGGAGUACGUCCAGCAGUUUCUCACCAGACUUAUCCACCUCUACAUUGUUCAGAGUAACUCUUUUCCUCAAGCCUUGGCUGCAGAGCACCAUGGGGAUCUCGGCAGAGAGCAAGGGGACAGGGAGAAAUGGGACAUGGAUUCACAUGGAGAUGUAAAAGAGAGAAGCAUAAGUAAACAAACCACCUCAAAAGAAUACCUUUCUGCCUUUCUUGCUGCCUGCCAGCUCUUCCUGGAGUGCUCAAGUUUUCCAGUUUACAUUGCUGAGGGAAACCAUGCCUCAGAGUUACAUUCUGAGUCAGAAACUGACUGGGAGCAUGUGCAGCCUCCACUGUGGCUCCAGACGCUGAUGAACGCUUGCAACCAAGCAAGUGAUUUUAGUGUGCAGAGUGUUGCUAUUUCACUAGUCAUGGACCUGGUGGGACUGACGCAGUCUGUGGUCAUGGUCACGGGGGAAAACAUCAACGGUGUGGAACCUGUACAGCCCUUAAGUCCAAACCAGGGAAGAGUGGCUGUGGUUAUUAGACCGCCCCUCACGCCAGGCAAUCUGAAGUACAUAGCUGAGAAGACUGAAUUUUUCAAGCUCGUAGCUUUAACAUUGUGGGACCAGCUGGGAGACAGGACACCUCAGCACCACCAAAAGAGUGUGGAACUGUUUUAUCAGUUACAUAACUUGGUUCCUUCUUCUAGCAUCUGUGAGGAUGUUAUAAGCCAGCAGUUAACCCAUAAAGAUAAGAAAAUAAAGAUGGAAGCACAUGCAAAGUUUGCAGUUCUUUGGCAUCUAACAAGGGACCUCCAUAUAAAUAAGUCUUCAUCUUUUGCACGUUCUUUUGACAGGUCACUGUUCAUCAUGUUAGAUAGCCUUAACAGUCUCGAUGGUUCUACUAGCUCUGUGGGACAAGCCUGGCUGAACCAAGUCCUGCAAAGACAUGACAUUGCAAGAGUUUUGGAACCAUUGCUAUUGCUUCUACUUCACCCCAAAACUCAGAGGGUUUCAGUGCAGCGUGUACAAGCAGAACGUUAUUGGAAUAAGGCACCUUGUUAUCCUGGAGAAGAGAGUGACAAGCAUUUCAUGGAAAAUUUUUCAUGCAAUGUAAGCCAAGUACAACUCAUUGCAUCUAAAGGAAAUGGUGAAAAGCCGCUUACCAUGGAUGAAAUAGAGAACUUUAGUCUCACCGUUAACCCAUUAAGUGACAGACUCUCCCUUCUAAGUACCAGCAGUGAGACAAUUCCAAUGGUUGUCUCUGAUUUUGACCUUCCAGACCAACAGAUAGAAAUACUCCAGAGUUCUGACUCUGGGUGCUCACAGUCCUCUGCUGGAGACAACCUGAGUUAUGAAGCCGAUCCUGAAAAUGUGAAUAUGCAAGAGGAUUCUCAAAUGCCAAAUGCAGGCUCCCCAGAUGAUGAUGUUCAGCAGGUAGUGUUUGACCUGAUAUGUAAAGUCGUAAGUGGUCUGGAAGCAGAAUCUGCAUCUGUAACUUCUCAGUUAGAAAUCGAAACUGUCCCUCCAGGGCACAGCGAUGUAGAUCCUGGCGAGGAGGCAAUUAAAAGUGAAGAUCAGUCCAUUCAGCAGAGUCAGAGCACUUCGCUGAGUAACGAGAGUUCUCAGCUUCUGUCUGUGUCUGCGGAAGGCGGCUGUGAGUGUGUGGCAAAUGGAAUCUCCAGAAAUAGCUCCUCACCUUGUAUUUCAGGAACCACACAGACUCUCCAUGACUCUUGCAUUGCUUCAACAGAAACCAAAGCUAGACAGAGGAGUCACAGUAGUAUUCAGUUCAGCUUCAAAGAAAAAGCAUCAGAAAAAGUCUCAGAGAAGGAAACAAUUGUUAAGGAGUCAGGUAAACAACCAGGGGCAAAACCUAAAGUAAAACUCGCCAGAAAAAAGGAUGACGACAAGAAAAAAACAUCAAGUGAAAAACUCAAACAAACCAGCGUAUUCUUUAGUGAUGGUCUUGAUUUAGAGAACUGGUAUAGCUGUGGAGAGGGAGACAUUUCUGAAAUUGAGAGUGACAUGGGUUCUCCAGGAUCACAGAAAUCUCCUAAUUUCAACAUCCAUCCUCUCUAUCAGCACGUGCUUCUGUAUCUCCAGUUGUAUGAUUCAUCAAGGACUCUUUAUGCUUUUUCUGCCAUCAAAGCCAUAUUAAAAACUAACCCUGUUGCUUUUGUAAAUGCCAUUUCAACCACUAGUAUAAAUAAUGUGUAUACCCCUCAGUUGUCUCUGCUUCAGAAUCUAUUGGCCAGACACCGAAUUUCUGUUAUGGGCAAAGACUUUUAUAGUCACAUCCCAGUGGACUCAAAUCAUAACUUUAGGAGUUCUAUGUAUAUAGAAAUUCUUAUUUCACUCUGCUUAUAUUACAUGCGUAGCCAUUACCCAACUCACGUCAAGGUCACUGCACAAGAUUUAAUAGGCAAUCGAAAUAUGCAGAUGAUGAGCAUAGAAAUUUUGACACUUCUCUUUACUGAGCUGGCAAAAGUAAUAGAAAGCUCAGCAAAGGGUUUCCCUAGCUUUAUCUCUGAUAUGUUAUCUAAGUGCAAAGUUCAGAAAGUAAUUCUUCACUGUUUGCUGUCAUCCAUCUUUAGUGCCCAGAAAUGGCACAGUGAAAAAAUGGCAGGUAAGAAUACGAUUGCUGUGGAAGAAGGUUUCUCAGAGGACAGCCUCAUCAAUUUCUCAGAGGACGAAUUUGACAAUGGCAGCACACUCCAAUCACAGCUUCUCAAAGUCCUUCAGAGGCUCAUUGUUCUAGAACACUGGGUAAUGAUCACCCCUGAAGAAAACGAAACAGGUUUUGAUUUUGUUGUAUCUGAUCUGGAACACAUCAGUCCCCACCAGCCCAUGACUUCUCUUCAGUAUUUGCAUGCUCAGCCAAUCACAUGCCAAGGCAUGUUUCUCUGUGCCGUGAUACGGGCUCUGCACCAACACUGUGCUUGUAAGAUGCACCCGCAAUGGAUUGGUUUAAUCACAUCUACUCUGCCUUACAUGGGAAGAGUUCUACAGAGAGUGGUGGUUUCUGUGACACUACAGCUUUGCAGAAAUUUAGAUAAUUUAAUUCAGCAGUACAAGUAUGAAACAGGAUUAUCUGACAGUAGGCCUCUGUGGAUGGCAUCAAUUAUUCCACCAGAUAUGAUUCUCACUCUUUUAGAAGGGAUCACAGCCAUUAUCCAUUACUGUUUGUUGGAUCCUACUACACAGUACCACCAACUCUGGGUCAAUGUAGACCAAAGACACUUGUUGGAAGCCCGCAGAGGAAUCCUCUCAGUCCUUCAUAUGAUCAUGUCCUCUGUGACUCUGCUCUGGAGCAUCCUGCAGCAGGCGGAUUCUUCGGAGAAGACGACUCUUGCUGCAUCUGCAUCUGCAACCACUAUUAAUCUUGGAGCCACAAAGAACUUGAGACAACAGAUCCUUGAAUUAUUAGGCCCUAUUUCAAUGAAUCAUGGUGUUCACUUUAUGGCUGCCAUUGCAUUUGUAUGGAAUGAAAGAAGACAGAAUAAAAACACCAACAGGACCAAGGUUAUUCCUGCAGCCAGUGAAGAGCAGCUUUUACUGGUGGAGCUGGUUCGCUCCAUCAGUGUCAUGAGAGCAGAAACUGUUAUACAGACUGUGAAGGAAGUUUUAAAGCAGCCUCCAGCCAUAGCAAAGGACAAGAAACAUCUUUCUUUGGAAGUCUGCAUGCUUCAGUUUUUCUAUGCUUAUGUUCAAAGAAUUCCAGUGCCCAAUCUAGUGGAUAGUUGGGCAUCACUGCUGAUCCUACUGAAAGACUCUGUGCAACUGAGUCUUCCAGCCCCAGGGCAGUUUCUUAUACUUGGGGUUCUGAAUGAGUUUAUUAUGAAAAACCCUAGCUUGGAGAAUAAAAAAGACCAAAGAGACCUUCAGGAUGUGACUCAUAAAAUAGUGGAUGCAAUUGGUGCAAUUGCUGGCUCUUCUUUGGAACAGACAACAUGGCUGCGAAGGAAUCUUGAAGUUAAGCCUUCUCCCAAAAUAAUGGUGGAUGGAACCAAUCUGGAGUCUGAUGUUGAAGAUAUGUUAUCACCUGCAAUGGAAACCUCACACAUCACUCCUUCAGUAUAUAGUGUCCAUGCACUGACAUUACUUUCUGAGGUUUUGGCUCAUCUUUUGGACAUGGUUUUCUAUAGCGAUGAAAAAGAACGAGUUAUUCCUUUACUUGUAAAUAUUAUGCAUUAUGUUGUGCCCUACCUCCGAAAUCACAGUGCCCAUAAUGCCCCUAGUUACCGAGCCUGUGUCCAGCUGCUCAGCAGUCUCAGCGGGUAUCAGUACACCCGGAGGGCCUGGAAGAAAGAAGCCUUUGACCUCUUUAUGGAUCCCAGUUUCUUCCAGAUGGAUGCCUCUUGUGUUAAUCAUUGGAGAGCAAUUCUGGACAACCUGAUGACACAUGAUAAGACAACAUUUAGAGAUUUGAUGACCCGGGUAGCUGUGGCUCAAAGCAGUUCACUUAAUCUCUUUGCAAAUCGAGAUGUGGAGCUGGAGCAGAGAGCCAUGCUUCUCAAAAGAUUAGCAUUUGCUAUUUUUAGCAGUGAAAUUGACCAGUACCAGAAAUAUCUUCCAGAUAUUCAAGAGAGAUUGGUUGAGAGUCUUCGUUUGCCCCAGGUGCCAACUCUUCACUCUCAAGUGUUCCUGUUUUUCAGAGUGUUACUUUUAAGAAUGUCUCCACAACACCUUACCUCGCUCUGGCCUACCAUGAUUACAGAACUUGUACAGGUUUUUUUACUGAUGGAGCAGGAACUCACUGCUGAUGAAGAUAUUUCACGGACCUCAGGCCCUUCUGUGGCUGGGCUGGAGACGACCUACACGGGAGGCAAUGGCUUUUCUACUUCAUAUAACAGCCAGCGAUGGUUAAACCUCUAUCUCUCUGCUUGCAAAUUUUUGGAUUUGGCCCUCGCAUUGCCCUCUGAAAAUCUUCCUCAGUUUCAGAUGUACCGAUGGGCCUUUAUUCCAGAAGCCUCAGAUGACUCCGGUUUGGAAGUCAGAAGACAAGGCAUACAUCAACGAGAAUUUAAACCUUAUGUAGUACGACUAGCCAAGCUUCUUCGAAAAAGGGCAAAGGACAAGGAGGAGGACUUUAAGACAGUGAUUUUGGAGGGAUUGGAGAUGACCAGGCAUCAGAAAAAUCCAGAGGAAGACAACUCAGGGAGAACGUUGGGUUGGGAGCCAGGGCACUUGCUGCUCACCAUCUGCACCGUGCGCAGUAUUGAGCAGCUGCUGCCAUUCUUCAAUGUGCUCAGCCAAGUCUUCAACAGCAAAGUUACCAGCCGAUGUGCAGGACACUCAGGGAGCCCCAUCCUCUAUUCAAAUACCUUCCCUAACAAGGACAUGAAACUGGAAAAUCACAAACCAUUUUCCAGCAAAGCCAGGCAAAAAAUAGAAGAGAUGGUAGAAAAAGAUUUUCUGGAAGGGGUGAUAAAAACUUGAGUACCACAAGUGGUUCCACUUAGUUUAAAUGUAAAUGUAAUCAUUUAAAACAAACAUAACUCUGAGUUGUAUAGGUUUUCUUUUGUAUGUAACAAAACCUAUUUCAGGUUGUAUUUAAUUUAAAUAUUUGUAAAUAAGAGCAAAUGUCUGAGUGUGGCCUGAAUCACGUUUAAAUAUUGUUGGCUCAUAUGGAUUAUGGUGCCUAAGAGAGAUCUAUAUACAUAUAUAGUCCAUUGUUUUAUUGUCCUCAGUUGUCCUAAACCUGCAAAAUACACACUGCACAUUUUUUUC